AUGGUAGCGGAAUUACGUCAAAAACUACCCCAGGAGGGUACCAGUACCCCUGAAGAAUCCCUCGCUGAGCAUCCACGACCAUGCAAUUCCACUCCUGAGCGUGGGUGCUCAGGCUGCCCCGCGUAUUCUGGGGGGGGCAAAAUUCCGCUCAACACAAUAACUGCUCGGGGCAAACUGAGCAACAAGACCAAGGCGACCCCUGCCACGCUAUCCGUGAAUUUCUGCAACAUCAGGGGACUUCACUCGAACCUAAACGCCGUCCACUACCAUCUUGAGACGGCGAAGCCGGCCUUGCUCUUUCUGACCGAGACGCAGGUGUCCUCUCCGGCUGAUACUUCGUAUCUCUCCUACCCGGGGUACAAAUUGGAGCACUCCUUUGUGCCUCGGGCUGGAGUUUGCGUGUAUGUCAGAGAGGACAUCUGUUCUCGACGCCUCGGCAGUCUUGAAGGUUCGGACCUGUCCAUCCUUUGGCUACGCGUAGACAGCGACGACCAUCCGCGCGUCUACGUGUGCCUCUAUAGGUCCCAUAGCGGUAAUGCCGAAACAGACCGACUCAUCGACCACGUCCAAAUGGCUACAGAUUCCUUGCUACAACAGGUCCCAUCCGCAGAGAUCGUGAUCCUUGGCGAUUUUAACGCCCACCACGCCGAAUGGCUCGGUUCACGUUCAACCGAUCAUGCGGGGAGAUCUGUUUAUGACUUUGCCUUGGCAUAUGGUCUGACACAACUGGUUACAUCGCCUACGCGGAUUCCAGAUGUUGAGGAUCAUACACCUUCCCUGUUGGACCUUCUGCUGACCUCUCAUCCGGACGGAUAUCAGGUUUCCGUCGAUGCCCCUCUUGGCUCUUCGGACCAUUGUCUGAUCCGGAGUGUGGUGCCACUCACGCUCCCUUCGCGGUUGCGUUCUGCAGGUUGCCGCCGUGUUUGGCAUUACAGGUCGGCGGAUUGGGACGGAAUGCGGUCUUUCUUUGCUUCCUACCCAUGGGGGCGGGUUUGCUUCUCGCCGGAUGAUCCCAGCGCUGUUGCUGACUCUGUCACUGAUGUAGUGCUACAGGGAAUGGAACUAUUUAUUCCAUCAUCUGUGGUACCCAUCGGAGGCAGAUCUCAGCCUUGGUUUGGUCGCUCCUGUAAGACUGCAUUACGCAGUAAGCAGGAGUGUUAUCAAGCCUGGGCUGCGGCUUCGGUGACUCGGGAUGUAAACACCAGCACACUCAAAAAGAAGUAUAACUUCGCCUCCAGGUCCUUCAAAAGAGUUAUUGCCAAGGCAAAGUCAGAGCACAUAGGCAGAAUUGGCGAGAAACUAGUUCGCCUUCCUUCGGGAACCCGUGCAUUCUGGUCUCUCGCCAAGGCUGUCCAAGGGAAUUUCUGUAAGCCAUCACUACCAUCUCUGCACAGGGAGGACGACUCAUUGGCCCAUGACGCAAAAGAGAAGGCCGACCUUUUAGGCUCCCUUUUUGCGUCCAACUCGACUGUUGAUGACGGGGGGAACACACCGCCGACCAUCCCGCGGUGUGAGUGCUCCAUGCCGGAUGUGCGAUUCUCACAGAGCUCGGUUCGCAGAGCACUCCUCUCCCUUGACAUCCACAAGUCGAGUGGGCCUGACGGAAUCCCCCCAAUUGUGCUGAGGACGUGUGCUCCGGAGUUGGCACCGGUUCUAACGCGUCUUUUCCGGUACUCCUACUCCCUAGGCGUAGUCCCAAAAUCAUGGAAGACAGCUUUUGUCCACCCGAUCCCUAAAAAAGGCGACCGCUCAGAUCCGUCCAACUACAGGCCUAUCGCCAUCACCCCCUUGUUCUCCAAAAUAAUGGAAUCCGUUGUAAACUGCCACCUCAUGCGGUACCUUGAGGAUCACCAGCUGAUUAGUGACCGCCAGUACGGUUUUCGUCGGGGUCGAUCAGCUGGUGAUCUUCUGGUCUACUUAACUCAUAGAUGGGCGUUGGCAGUAGAGUCCAAGGGGGAGGCAUUGGCCGUUAGUUUGGACAUUGCGAAGGCCUUCGAUCGGGUUUGGCACAAAGCGCUUCUUUCGAAGCUCCCUUCCUAUGGGCUUCCCGAGAAAUUAUGCAAUUGGAUCACCAGCUUUCUUGCAGAUCGGAGCAUCAAGGUCGUUGUAGACGGUGCAUGCUCCGACUACAAGCCUAUUAACGCUGGUGUUCCACAAGGCUGCAUGCUAUCACCAACGCUGUUUCUUCUGCAUAUCAAUGAUAUGUUGCAAGCUGGUAGCAUUCAUUGCUAUGCAGAUGACAGCACUGGUGAUGCUCUAUACACCGGCCGUGCCAAUAUUUCUCGGGAAAACGUCACCGAGUACCGGAACAAACUUGUGUCUGAAGUCGAGUCUUUGCUGGACAAAGUCUCGGAUUGGGGGCGACUAAAUCUAGUCCAGUUUAAUCCUCAGAAGACACAAGUUUGCGCGUUUACCGCUAAAAAGAACCCCUUUGUCGUAUCUCCUCAGUUUCAAGGUACUCCCCUUGUUGCCUCAGCCAGUAUCGGAAUCCUUGGCGUCGACAUAUCGAGUAGCGUGCAGUUUCGUGGUCACUUGGAAGAGAAGGCCAAAUUGGCCUCUAAAAAGCUUGGUGUGCUCAGCAGAGCGGGACAGUAUUUCAUGCCGGCUCAACGCCUGCAACUUUACAAGGCGCAGGUUCGGCCUCACAUGGAAUACUGUUCCCAUCUCUGGGCUGGGGCUCCCCAGUGCCAGCUUCUUCCACUUGACCGCAUCCAGCGCAGAGCGGCUCGAAUCGUCGACGACCGAGUCCUUUCCGAUCGGCUCGACUCAUUGGCACUGCGAAGAGAUGUUGCAUCUCUUAGCAUUUUCUUUCGCAUUUACCAUGGGGAGUGCUCUGAGGAAUUGUUCGGAUUAAUCCCAGCCGCCAAAUUUCACGAACGCACAUCGCGGCAGAACUCCCGAUACCAUCCACACCAUCUGGAUGAUUGGCGGUCCACCACUGUGCGAUUUAGAAGAUGUUUUCUUCCUCGCACAACUUCCUUGUGGAAUAGUUUACCACCAGCGAUUUUUCCGGACCGAUACGACUUAGGGACCUUCAAGAAAAGAGCUUACUCCUUUUUAAAAGGCCGGCAACGCAUCUGCAAUUCUCCUGGUGUUGCGGUUGUUCAUGGGCGGCGGUAG